AUGUUUUGUCGGAAGUCUCUCGAGUUGAAAGAAGUUUUGGAUAAAAAUGAGGGAUCAACAACAAAAAACAAAAUAAAAAAUCAAUCAUCUGGAUGUAGUAGUAAAUGCAGUAGUAGUAGUAGUAGUACGACGGAUAAAAAUCAAACAAACGGCGGUCAAAAAACUCCGACAAAAUCCGAACAAAAAGCAAUGUUAAAAUUAGAACAACAGCAAAUGAAAUCCGAACAAAAAAUACAACAAAAACUCGAUAAGGAACACAUGAAAGAACAAAUGAAAUUAGAAAAAGAACAAAAAUCACAAAUGAAAUCAAAUGCAAAACUUUUAGAAAAGAAUAAAAAUAAAGAACAACAACAGCAACAACAACAACACCAUCAGCAAUUUUCAACGUGUUUUAAAAAUAAUCCCCAAUUAAAAGCUCAAAAGAGUAUCGAUUUAUCAUGUUUAAAAUAUCAGAAAAGUGUUGAUACCCCCCCAAAACAACCGGCACGUAAAUCCGUCGAUAUGCAAUACAAACAAGAUUUACUUAAUACAACAACAAACGAUUUUGCCACGGCUUUUUCAUCCAUUCAAUUAAAAUCAAAAAAAUAA